AAACACCUUCCCUUCUACAUCACCUAAACCUUCGAUGAGGAGCAUUCAUUCAGGAUCCAAUACUUUGCCUGGUACAGAUAGCUUAUUCACUGGAGGGUCACAAAUACUAGCAGGGCAAUCAAACCCACCAUAUAAGCCAGCCUAUAAGCCACCUUCUGAAGGCAAUACCAGACCACCAGCUCCAAAUCCUUUCAACAAUUCACAACGUAAUGAUGAUCUUUCUUCAGAAAAAUGGUUUUUGGGCAACAUGUCAAGAAAGGAUGCAGAAAAGGCUCUCUGGUCAAUAAAUCAGGAUGGUACAUUUCUGGUAAGAAACUGCUCACAGGUAUCUGUUUCACAGCCAUAUGUUCUUAUGGUGCUGUAUAAAAAUAAAGUCUACAAUGUGCGCAUUCGCUACAACCAAGAAAGCCAAGUAUACCUUCUAGGAUCAGGAGGACAUGAGACUUUUAAUUCAGUGCCUGAAAUCAUUGACUUCUUCCGCAGCACGAAGCUUCUUCUUAUUGAUGGGAAAGAUCGAGGUUCAAGACAACAUUGCAAACUUACGUGCAUAGCUUCCAGAAAUGUUCAUUAA